UAGCUCUCCAGAGCGUCAACGUCGAGAAUCUAGAGCACUGGCCCCAUCUAGUUGACAGCCAGUCCGAUAGAGAUAUACAGAAAGAAGAGAGUGCAAUCGAACCCCGUGAUGACGAGUUUUUGAAUAAUUGACCAGGGAAAAGUCCGUAAAAUUCCCAAUCCAUCGCACAAAAAGUCAAAACCGAAAGCAUCCGAAGACGAGGCACACAAAUCACACGUUACUGACGACUACUGCUCAGUCAGGUCAUUUGUUGACUUUGUAGCCACUACUUGUGUGCUGUUAUUACAGGUAUCCGAAGCGUUGCAGCUGAGAUUUUUCCCACAGCAUUAUUGGAACGGUGCGGCGAAUGAAUUUUUCAUCCAAGCUGGAAACUAGACGUGCUGAAGAUCUCCGCGCGCUGUAACGAAUUAGCCGAGUGGCUCAGCGACAAUCACACAUCGACACAGUUUCGCACAGCCCACACAUAAAACGAACCUCGGUCAACUUCAUAGCUAGAGAGAGAAAGUGAGCUACGGAACGACGACGCGCGUGGACACACUAAAGUAAUCGGCAUCGCAAACCAUUACCUACUUAGUCGCCGCUACAUCUAGCUGAGAAGAUCUUUCCGCAAACGCAGCAAUCAGUCUCAUUUUACAGUUCGCGGCUGCGGUACCUAUCGUACAAAUCGCGGGGUGUGAUUUACUCCAUCAGCUGUGAAAUCACCGAAGGCAAGGCGCGCACCGACAAUAAGGCGGCAGUUGAUCGUCGUCAGUGCUUCUUGUGGAUUUUGUCCAGAAAGCGUUCCUAGCUAAGUUUGCAAUCAUGUUAUUCAUGUGUCACCAGAUGGCGAUGGAACACGAGUCCAAGCAGAAAGAGCAAGCGGCCAGCAGCAGCGCUUCCGCUCCACAAACACCCAGCGGCGAGAAUUCGAUGCGCGAUGCCAACGUACCGAUCAUCUGGGUUCUUGGAGGACCUGGCUGUGGAAAGGGCACUCAAUGCGAGAAGAUCGUAGCCAAGUACAACUUCUCGCACUUCAGCACGGGAGAUCUCCUACGCGAAGAGGUUGCAUCCGGCUCGGAUAAGGGCAAGGAGCUGCAGGCGAUGAUGAAGCAAGGUAUCCUGGUGCCAAAUGAGGCCGUACUGAAGUUGCUGGAGGCCGCCAUGGCGAAGGCCUUGAGCAGUACCGUCGGUUACCUGAUUGACGGAUAUCCACGUGAACCAGCGCAGGGUCCCGAGUUCGAGAAAUUCAUCGCACCAGUCGACAUCAUUCUGUACUUUGAAUGCUCUAACGAAACCCUGGUAGCCCGAAUCAUGAAGCGUGCUUCGGAGUCGGCCACCGUCCGCGCCGAUGACAACGAGGAAACCCUGAAGACUCGUAUCGCCACCUUCCGGGAAAACACGGAGAAAAUUCUGGUCCAGUACCCAACACAGCUGAAGAGAAUCAACGCCGAGCGUGCCCCGGAGGAAAUCUUUGCCGAUGUGGAGAAGUACAUCGACGAGCUGUUGGCUGCCAAGGGAGCCAAGAAGGCCUAAAUCCAAAAUGAAUCUCGCCUCGGAUUCGGAAAUCCAAAUUGACGUAAUUUAUUUUUAACAAACACACACAUACACACAAUGGAACUAAAUCACGACGGGUGCUGUUGCUGAACUGAUGCGCUGGAGUUCACUGUACUUGUAUACUUGCUGAGCAUGUAUUUGAAAUCGAAAACGUUCUUGUUUCAAUCAUCAUCAUCAUCCAAAUCGGCCAAACUAUUCAAUUACGCUUACUCAGAAGCAAUAUGUUUUUUCGAACUGUAUACCGAGAUGUUGAAUUUAGAGAAAUGAAGUCACGUGACGUGAUGCAAUCGGAAACAAUAAUACUUUUUAGCGUAGCACAACAAUAUUGAGGAUUUGAUCGCUUAGUAGAUGUUCGUUCAUGUAGGCUGUAUACUUUCUCUUCAGGCUCUAAAUCGCUGCAUUGAAUCGAACACCGUUUGUAGCUUAAAGGGAACCGAGAAUUACCAAAGAUUAUUUUAUAUUUAUUAUUUACUUUCUACAAUCUAAGCUCGUUGAAUAAAUGGAACAAUCUUA